AUGACUGAUGAAGUUGCCAUCCAGAUCUCCAUUGAUCCUGUCACUUUAGUUAGCCAAGAAUGUAUCCGAAUCAUUUCUGAGAUCAGAAAGAAUUCAAGAUUCUUUCAAUCGGGGGUGGCUGCCAUUUUAAGCUCCUCUGACACAAUCAAUUUGUUCAAUGAUGAGUUCAUUAGUAAUUUUAAGUCGUUGAAGUUCACCGAUGUGUCUUCAGGUAAAAAGUCCUCCCAUAAUUCUGGCAUCAAAUUGCAAACUCAUAGUGCCACAGGAAGUUCUAGCAACAAUAAUAGCAAUGAUCCAGUAUUGGGAGCCUUCUUGCAAUUGAAGUCUUUAUUAUCGGAAAUUGACUCUCUUAAGGAAAUUGAUAGCCUCACAAUACUUCAACCAUAUUUCAUGUUACUCACGUCUCCAAGUACUUCAGGUUUGAUCACUUCAAUUACUCUAAAUUCUCUAACCAGACUCUUUGAAUAUGAAAUUUUGUUUAAUGCCUGUCAUCAUACCAACAUUGAAACUAAUGUUAACCAAUUGAUAGACUCAUUGACACAUAUAUCAUUUGAAUCCUCGGACCCAAGUUUGGAUGAUUCUGUGCUUUUCAAGGUUUUGGAGUUGAUCUUAAGAAUCAUCAAAAAUGAUAACUACAAUAUAUUUAUUGCAAAUGAUGUCUUUUCGGAAGUUAUUCAAAUCAGUUUGUCGUUGGCGUGUAAUAAAAAGAGAUCAGAAGUAUUGAGAAGAUACGCAGAGCAAGUGCUGAAUUCAAUAACAAUUAUUGUCUUCAAUAAAUUAAGAUAUUUAAGCACAGAUCAGAGUGAAAAGAAACAUUUGUCAAUUGAUCUCAACUUUUUCUAUCAAUAUUUUAGUAAUCUUAUUUCGAUUGUGUCGGUAGAGAACCAGUAUUACCACACUGAAUCGACCAAAAUCUUUGUAUUAAGAUUAUUAUCGACCAUCCUUGAAACUUCGGGAAAAAUGAUGCCAAAUCAUCCCCAACUUUUGAAAUUGGUGAGCAAUCAACUAUUCAAGAACUUGUUGACAAUAAUUUUGAAGAAUGACAGUUUGAACUUGUUGCAAGCAGCAUUGCAAUGCUUCAUUUGUUUGAAUUUGAUCUUGAGUGAACACUUGACGCUUCAAUUGGAAUUUGCUUAUGAAAAUAUCUUCAAAAGUAUAUUACCAGCUGAUGAUUUUUACGGCUUAGAUGAAAGUAUUGAUGAGAACUCCAAUCCUCCACUUAAAGCUGAGUCCUCUAAAUCAUCUACCUCGACUAAUGGCGCCUCUUCAUCGUCAACUAGGACUAGCACACCAGUUACUGCAGGGACCUCUGGAGCAAUCAUCAGCUCAAGAAAUCCAUUAGCUAAAGAAUUAAUUAUUGAAUCUCUCAGUUUGCUAUGGUCUCACUCGUCAGACCUUUUGAUCAAUUUGUUUAUCAAUUUCGAUUGCAAAUUUGACUCCAAAAAUAUCAGUUUAAUAUUUAUCAAAUUUUUGAAUAAGCUUGCUGAAUCUUCAAGUGCCAGUAUCACCACAAAUAACGUACCACCCAUCUGUUUGGAAGGAUUAUUACAGUUUAUUAAUGGUUUGAAUGUUAGAGUAAAAAAGUUGAAACGUCAAGGAAUUGAGUUUGAUUCGAAAAGGUUUGAGGAAAACAAAAUUCUUAAAUUGAAGGCAAGAAAAGAGGAAUUUUUGAAUAUUUUGAAUACGUUGAACAAUGAUGAUUUCAAAACAGGAAUUAAGGAAUUAAGAGCCAGAGGGUUUUUAUCUUCAGGAUUGGAUGAAGUUGAGGAGCAAGAAGAAUUGGGUGAAUUCUUUUACUUCAAGGCUAGUUUAUUGAAUAAGAAGGCAGUUGGUGAAUUUAUUGCCAAACCUAAAAACCUUACAAUCCUUAUUAACUUUUUAUCACACUUCAGCUUUCAAGGUAAGAGAGUGGAUGAAUCUUUGAGAUUACUACUUGAGAAGUUUAGAAUCCCUGGUGAAUCACAACAGAUUGAACGGGUGGUUGAGAAUUUUGCCUCUAAAUACGUUGAUGAUCAGAAUUUCGAAAAAGUUGUUGAAGAUUAUGAAGCCGCAAAAGCUGCGUUUGCUGAUGGGAAAAUCAAAAAGGAACCUAUUGAACCCGUUACUCCUGAAAAAGAUGGGGUGUUCAUUUUAAGUUAUGCCAUUAUUAUGUUAAACACCGAUCUUCACAAUCCAAAGAUUAAGGAGCAUAUGAAAUUUGAGGAGUUCAAAAAGAACUUGCGAGGAGUUUAUAAAGAAGGGAAAGAUUAUCCUGAAUGGUAUUUGAAACUGAUUUACAAUUCCAUCAAUUCCAAGGAGAUCAUCAUUCCUGAAGAACACUAUGGUACGGACAAAUGGUUUACCGGAAGUUGGGAUCUUUUGAUGUCAAUCAAUCCUAAUUCCCAGAAAAAUUUUUCAUUUGCAUUUGAAAAAGCCAUUGAAGAUCCUCACCGUGAUGAAGACGAAUACCAAAAAAUUAACUCGAAUGGGAUUGCCAUUGAAGAUCUUGAUGUGGUGAUUGUAUCUCACUUUGAUAAAGUAUUAUUUAAUUCAUCCUACGCAAUGCUAAUAAAAAGCUUUUUGCAUGUAUUUGAAGAAACCAGUGAUGACCAUAGAAUCGCUAAAUUAAUGAGCAUCAUUGACAAGUGUGCGAAUAUUGCUAGCUACUACCAAUUGGAUGAUGUUUUGGAUAGCAUUUUGGACAAAUUGGCAAGAUCGACCACUCUUACUGGCGAAAAGAAAUCGGAUGUCACUAUAGGUGAUGACGAAUUCAUCAGAGACGUAAUCCCGACCACUCAACUUACAUUAUUAAAAAAUAAAACCCCAGUAGUGGCCAUUGAUCCGAAUGUUGAUAAGAUUGCCAACGAAGAAUCCUUGAGUGAUUCCGCCAUAUUGUAUGGCAGUAGAAGAAAUAUCAAAGGAGAGUCAUCUGUGAGUUCUAGCUCUAUUCCUAUAUCAAGGACCUCGUUAGAAACAACUGACAAUGACCCAGACAUUAUCACCAUUAGUGAAACUUCCACUUGGUUUGGUAGAGACUUCAAAGCGCAAAUUUCUUUUAUUGCAUUGUUCAAUAUUAUUAGACGAGGAAAUUUCAAUCAGCUUUCUAAGUCUUUGUCGAAGGUGGUGAUGAUUAUCCUCAAAUUAUUUGAUAACGGCAUGAUUGACGGCAACUUCUUUGGGAAAUUUCAACAAGAAUAUCAACUACCAAAAUUGCCUAUUGUUAGACCACAGUAUAUCAUUGAUCACACUACAACCAAGAAAGAAAAUGAAGUUGAACAAGUGAGUUUGUUUAGUGCGUUCACUUCGUAUUUGAAGAUCAACUCUGAUGAGCCACCUGAGCCAACUAAUGAGGAGAUUGAUGCCACAUUACUGGCCUUGAAUUGUAUUGCAACAUCAAAGAUUGAACAGCUAUUUGAAUUUAAUCGUGAUGGAAUAACGCUUUCAAAUGUGCCAUCAAAGGAAUUAAUUUUCGGUUUUUUGAAAAUGCUUCCAAAUUACUCUAAAUCUAAUAAACUAGCUUAUCAAAGUGAUGUUCUAUUUAUUUUCGAGUCGACGGUGGCAUUAUCUGUUAUGGUGAAAGAUCAACCGUAUUAUACUGAGCUAGCAGAGAAAAUCAUGAAGGAUAUUGAUAAGUUGAUUGUUAUCAAUGAGAAAAAUCAUCAGAAGUUGUUGGAUGAAAUGGCGAUGGUCAGAUUGUUAGGAUACGAAUUAAUUUUGUUCAAUCAUUUGCAUGACAAAUUUGAUAACGUUGCUGGGAUCUUAAAAAGAGGAAUUCAAUUAUUGGCGACUAUUGAUGGGUCCAAACAGGGAAUUCUUGAUGCAUUGUCGGAAUUCAUCGAACCAGAACUUGUCAAAAUUGUUAAGGAAUCUAAUGAUGCUGAUGAUUGGAAACAUUUGGUGGUGUUAACCCUUGAAGAAUAUUGGAAGCUUUUGAGGAAUAUUGCCAGCUUGACUGCUCACGUAGACAAAGUUUUCGAAUUCAUGAAUGAAUUGGUGGUGUCUUACCCAAACAAGAUCGUUCCUGAGAAUUAUAUGGCUGUUCUUGGGCUAUUUGACGAAGUUUCCUCUAUGGGGGCAAUUGGCAGUACUUAUGAACAAGAAUUGGAACUUUUCAAGUUGGGCGGGGGUGACAGUGGCAAAGAGUUGCCGCUGACCAAUCCUCAUCAAAAUUUGAUUGGAUUGUCUAAGAAGCUGAUUGAUUUAACUUUGAAGUUACGGGAAGUGGUUAUUCGGGAAGAUUUUGUGACUGUUGAAAAGAAAACCAAGACAUCAUGUUGGUAUUCUUUGAUUCAAGCGUUGGGGCACCAAACUUUCAACCCAUGUCGUGAAAUCCGUGGACAUGCUUUGAAAAUGCUCACCCAUACAUUGUUAUCGUGGGAUAUUACCAGACAAGAGUAUGUCAGUGCCAGAGGGAUCUUUGAAUUGGAUAUUUUCCCAUUGGUGACUGAGUUAUUGAAGGACGAGGUUUUGUACUGCGAUUACUAUGGGAUGGCCAAGACAAAACAGGACGUUUUGUCGAACAUUGUGAAGAUUUAUUUACAAUAUUUGAACAAAUUCUACAUUGCUAAACAGGAAUCAUAUGACGAAGGGUCAGAAUUGAGUUAUAUCUGGUUGAAUUUGUUGGAUGUUUUUCAAAAUUUAGUUGUUGAUGAAACUCACCAAAUUGAAACCCAGCAGAUGGCACCAAAGAAAAAGGCUGUGAUGAUGAAGAACAAGAAGAAGAAGAAGGCACUUGAACCGGUGAUUCGAGAAUCAUCGAAGGAAUUGAUCAAGAACUCAUUGUUGUACAUGCAUGAUUGUGGAUACUUGGAGGUGAAGAAUGAAAACCAUCAAUAUUUAUGGAAAGAGACCUGGAAUCGUAUUGGCAAAAUGUAUCCUGAAUUAGAAGCAGAAUUCAAGAAGGAAUUGGAGGAAAUUGACAAAAUGCCAAUGGAAGCACCAGAAAAGAAGGAGGUGCUGAUCAACGAAGAAAGCGAAAACAAACAAGCGGAGGAAGUGGAAGUCGAGAUCAACAGAGAAGAUAAAGAUAAAUGA